AUGGGUUUUUACUGGCAGACAAUUAUAUGCCGUGGUUUUCGUAUUGCUCAACUGAUCAAUAGUCUUCCCAAUAUUCCAAAAGAAUGGAUCAUUCGUGAUACAUCUGGCAUUACUUUUGUUUGUCCAUCGACGAGCAAAUCCUUAGGUUCCAUUGAUCCACGUAUUGAUCCUCAUGAUGUAUCUCAAGGUUUCAUGUCAAUGAACAAACUCCGACAAUUUGUUGAUAUCUCUUCCACACAUUUUGAAAUAAGCGAUGAUGAUCAAAGACAAUUGAAAUCAAUUCAUCAGCAUUAUCAAGCGAUACUUCCACAAAAUGAAAAAAUCGGCGUAAUAGACAACUUUGUCGUGGAAUAUAUGUGGUCCACAUUGGAUCCCGAGACAACAGAUGAGCUUUGUUUUCAAAAAAUUUUACCUAUUAAAUAA